ACAGUGGCGGGUCGCGGGAUCCCGGCCAGUCAGCUCGUUCCUGCCUCCAGCAACUCCUCCCCCCAAAAUAAACACCCCUCCCCACGCCUCGGGAGCCCGGACCGCCCCCUUCCUCCCUCGGCCCCGCGUGUGGUGAGGGACGGUGCGAAGGAGCGAGCGCGGGCCGGCGGGCGAGCUCCGUGAGUGCGAGAGGCGGGGCGCGCGGGGCGCCGGGCCGGGCCGGGGGCCGCGUGUGCGCGUGGGGGUGCGAGCGAGUGCCUGUCGCGACCCGUCGGCGGCGCAGAGCCGAGGACCCGGCUAGCGACGAGCAGCGACCGCCAGCCGCGGAGGAGCGCCGGGCCCGCGCACGCGCGCGCGCGCACGCACGCACGCGGGGCGGGGGCAGGCGCGCGCCCGCCUGUCGCGACAGUCGGGCCGAGGCCCAGGGGGAGGUGGCCUGUCGCGGGACGCCCGGCUCCCGGAGGCGAGGGGGGCGCGGGCGGAUGGCGGAAGGCGCCCAGCCGCAGCAGUCGCCUCAGCUCGGCCCCGGCGCUGCUGCCCGGGGGAUGAAGCGGGAGUCGGAGCUGGAGCUGCCGGUGCCCGGAGGGGGAGGAGACGGAGCCGAACCGGGCCUGAGCAAGCGGCCGCGCACCGAGGAGGCGGCGGACGGCGGCGGCGGCGGGAUGCAGAACGAGCCUCUAACCUCAGGUUAUCAUGGAUUCCCUGCACGGGACAGCCAGGUGAAGAGAAAAGACCACAGUCCUCCUUCUGUCCACGUUCCCACUCUCCCCUCCAGAAUGGGCCUCACCCUCCAGCAUGCCUCCAGCCCACGCCCCUCACUGCCCGAAGGGCGUCCCAGCAGGCAGUCCUGUCACUGGGGACCACACUGGGGACCACAGCCUAGCAGUUGUUCCAUGCUGAGGCCCCCUUGGGGUAACCAGGAGCCAACAACAACUCCUGACACAAUGGUUCAGCCUUUUACUACCAUCCCGUUUCCACCACCUCCACAGAAUGGAAUUCCCGCAGAAUAUGGAGUGCCGCACACUCAGGACUAUGCCGGCCAGACCAGUGAGCAUAACCUGACACUCUAUGGAAGUACGCAAGCCCAUGGAGAGCAGAGUAGCAACUCACCUGGCACACAAAAUGGAUCUCUUACGCAGACAGAAGGGGGAGCACAGACAGAUGGCCAGCAGUCACAGCCACAAAGCAGUGAAAAUUCAGAGAGUAAAUCUACCCCUAAACGACUGCAUGUCUCUAAUAUUCCUUUCCGCUUCCGGGACCCUGACCUCCGGCAGAUGUUUGGGCAGUUUGGCAAAAUCCUAGAUGUAGAAAUAAUCUUUAAUGAACGUGGCUCUAAGGGAUUCGGGUUCGUAACUUUCGAGAAUAGUGCUGAUGCAGACAGGGCCAGGGAGAAAUUACACGGCACCGUGGUAGAGGGCCGUAAAAUCGAGGUGAAUAAUGCUACAGCACGUGUAAUGACCAAUAAGAAGAUGGUCACACCAUAUGCAAAUGGUUGGAAAUUAAGCCCAGUAGUUGGAGCUGUAUAUGGCCCCGAGCUAUAUGCAGCAUCCAGCUUUCAAGCAGAUGUGUCCCUAGGCAAUGAUGCAGCAGUGCCCCUGUCAGGAAGAGGCGGCAUUAACACUUACAUUCCUUUAAUCAGUCUCCCUUUAGUUCCUGGCUUCCCUUACCCAACUGCAGCCACCACGGCAGCCGCUUUCAGAGGAGCCCAUCUGAGGGGCAGGGGGCGAACGGUGUACGGUGCAGUCCGAGCGGUACCUCCAACAGCCAUUCCCGCCUACCCAGGAAUAGUCUUACAGGAACCAAUCAUUAGCGCUAAAAUACCUCAGGGUGGAUAUGCAGCCUACAGAUAUGCACAGCCUGCUACUGCAACCGCAGCCACGGCCGCUGCAGCUGCCGCCGCCGCCUACAGUGACGGUUAUGGCAGGGUGUACACAGCUGACCCCUACCAUGCCCUGGCCCCUGCCGCUAGCUAUGGAGUUGGCGCUGUGGCGAGUUUAUACCGAGGUGGCUACAGCCGAUUUGCCCCCUACUGAAGUGACGUGAGACCCCUGCAAAUGGGACAGCCCCCAGUUCAUGAGGCCUGGCUAUUGCAAUAUUUACUAGUAGAGGAACUCUAUAGCAAGAUGAAGAGGAAAAACAAACAAACAAACAAAAAACCCACAAAAAAAGAGAGAAUACUUUUUUAUACCUCACUGUGUUCUUUGAAUAUGUAUUUUUCCUUUAAAUUUCUGCCUUUAAUUCUUUUGUUCCAAAGAUUGUGCAUUUUUUCUUUUUUUUCUUUUUUUUUUUUAACUGUGGUAAAAGAAAAAAAAAUAAUGCAUUUCCAUGUCUCUAUGUCCGUGCUUAGCUUAUUCUAUCACAGAAGAGACAGUUAAUGAGGACAGAGAGACAUUAGGAGCUGAUAAAUACAUCUGAUCAGAAAUCAGACAGAAUUACCAAAGUGUAUCUGGUGCUGAAUGGCUGGGGGACAAGCAGAAGUGGAAGAAGUCUUUCUGCAACGGGAUAUUCUAGUCUUCUGGAUUUCUGGUCUUUGGCAGGCAAUUCUGAUUGGCUGUGGCUGGAGUGCACAAGCUGAUAGAUGAUAGGGAUUUGUGCUUGCAAAGCAGGAGAAUUAAAAAGACACUUUCCUCUCCCCUUCCUUUCGGUCUUCUCCAUUGUUUUUACAAUCAUCUUACCUGUUACCUGCACAGCCUGAGACAGCUGGCAUAGUUUUUGGAAUUAUAAUAUUAAUAUUUCCAAACAUGCUCUCAGACUGUGGAUAAUAAACACCUCAUUAGGAAACUGAUCUCAGAAUGAACUCUAGAGUAUGAGAAAGAUCAUUCUUCUCUUUCCUGUAAUCCUAGCAUUCCUGCUGGGCUUCUUGCCCUUUAACUGAACCACAGCUUAGCUCAUGUCCUUCCAUUAACUCCCUGCACCUAUGUCCUCAAGAUUCGGGAAUUUAGGACCCAGGGACAGAAGAUGAAAAUAGCCAAUUGCUGGAUUUCCCCCAGGUAUCGGCUUGGCUUGAAGAUUAGAAAUACAAGUAAUUGAGAGCCAAUGAAAAUGGUGAGUGAGGGAGAGAAGGGGACAUCAGAUGAGGUCUGCAAGGCACUCUGAUAUUCCUCAUCUUUCUCCUGCACAGAAGUCAGUACAAAGUAAAACAUGUUAUAAAUACUCUGUUGGCAAAAGAUGAAGCUCCAAGUCCUAGGUCAGUUGUCCUGGGAGGGUUGCUGAAUAGGGCAUGGAAGGGCAGCCAGGGCACUUUGUCCUUGCUCCAAAGCCAUAGGAAUUUUCAUCUUCCGGAGCCUUCACUUCUUUGUCUUCAGUCUUGAGCCCUCAUGGCCAUUCCACCCAGCUUCUCAUUUUUCUCCAAAGACACCUAGCUCAGCACCCAGAACCCUUGGUACACACAGCAUGACAGAACAUAAAAUACAGAACCCCUGAGCUUGCUCCCUUCCUGUAUUGAAAGGAGGGUCUGAAAUGGCAAGGAUCUGACAUACUGCCAAGAGUCAUGGUGGCCACAGCAGUGAGUCACCUGGCUUCAAUUUUAUAUAUGUUAUCAGGUGAGGGAGAAAGUGUUUCUCUUCUAAUUAUUAGCUGUUAUUGGUAAAGACAAGGGUCCUGCAGCAUUUCCAUAAUGAAGGCAUUAGAAAAUACAAAAGCACGGUCUGCGUGGCUCCCUGGUCUAUUGGUACUAGGGUGACCUUUCACCCAAGGGAUAGCUAGCUGCUAAAGGGAGUGAUUCAGAGACAUGGAGCUUCUGGUUUGUUAUGGGUUUGUUUUUGGUUUGUUGUUUUUUUGUGUUUUUUUUACUCCUGCCUCCACACAUGUUCUUGACUGAUAACUGAUUCAUGUCCCUGAAUUAAAAUGACUGACAUGUGACAGCAUCAAGCAUUCUUUUGUAAGCAGAAUGAUAUGUCUGGGAGGGAUUGGCCUGUCGUGUAUAAUACAUUUCUUCUCCCUCUUUGGAACCUUCUCUCCUAAUAACUGGAAGAGAGGCUGUGCCUGACACUAGGGGAGACAUCAAGGAAGCUAGAGGCCUCGAUGCAAUUCUUUUUGAUUCUGGGGAGGAAUGCAAGAAUAGGGGACACCAAACCGCCCAGUCCAUUGGCCAUUUUUUAAGAGUUCCCCUCCCCAAGCCAAAGUUUGGUUUGUUGCCGAUACGACAAUUUUGCUGUUAUGUAUAUAAAUAUUUUAGUUAGAGGAGAGGGAAUGGGGUGUGAGGCUUUCACAGUUCUAGGGAAUGGGGGCAGGGAGAAUUUUUUCUUUCUUCUGCUUUUGUUUUGAGAGUGUGUUUACUGAGUAACGAAACAGAAAUUUUGUGUCAUGUUCAAAUAGGGGCCAUUCACACAAAAUGGCAAGCCACAACUCAGUGGAGAAAAGACAGAGUUCUAAAUGGUUGUAUCCAUAGCAGGGGAAGAAAACAGGGGAAUGAGCUUAAUAAUUUUCCAUUCCUUUUUCCAAGAAAGAGAUCAGGAUGAUGGAAAAGGUGGAGAAGGCGGCUCCCACAACCCUUUAAACAGAGGCAGAAGCUUGAGCGUGAGGGACCUUUUGUGCGUUUCAGUUCAGCUGGUUCUGGCUGAGGACUCCAUGGACAAGCUCUGUGUUUUCCAGUGGGCUUCUGCUGCGUUUCCAGGGAUGGUUCUAAUACUGCUUCCUCCAGCUCCCUUUUUGAAGCAAGACUAAAUAGGGUUCUGCUUUUGAUGGCAGGCCUCUGGGCUCCAGUGCCCACCUGAGAACCGAGGUUCCCACGAACACCUAGACAUGACUGUAUGAACCUCCCCAUCCGCUUUUGAGCUCUGAGGCUCCAUACAGUCAGCCUCCUCCAAGGCAGGUUCCUCAGCAUCAGUGCUUGUGGACUCUGACCAGUUCCACUGGACUGAGAAACAGUCAGGAGAGAUGUGGCAUCUUGUGAGUUCAUUAGAGGGUGCUGGCUGGUAAUUCCAAAACAUACUAGUGCUGAGUCACAGAACAUGAGUGAUUUUGACAGCUUUACUGUAGCUUGUGGCAGGGACUUUCUGUACUAAGCAUCUUACUCUUAAGAAGCUGGCCUCCUUUAAAGGGACCUCUAGUGAAAACCUUUGUCAGAAUAUCCCUCUUUGAGCCCAGAGAGCUAUCCUUAGGUCUUUUCCAGAAUUCCUUGUGUUACAUAGUUCAACUCUCAUUAAAUCAGAUUAGCCAUCGUGAUUCAUCAUUUUUAAGGCUCUCAGGUUUUAUAAAACCUACUAUCAACAUCAUCCUCCCAACAACCACAGUCAGAAUUGAGCCACUUUUCUUGUUCCUUGAAAAAGAAGGGGACUGGGGCUCAAAGCUUAGUUUAAGGGGAGCGAGUGAAGAUCUGUUCAGUAGAAGUCAGUGAUAGCAGCUUUUCCUCAAAAGUGUGAUUUCUCAGGGCUGAACUGCUCUUAGUUUAGGAUGUACUUUCCUAGAGAUACAGCAGGUAAGUCAGCAAAUCACCACACCCUGUAACUAGUCAUGUGACUUCUAUAUGAGGGAGAUGUCAGCUCGGGACGGAAGCAACCCUAAGAGUCUGCAAGAAGGGCUUGAGAGCCCCCUUCCCUCUUGUAGGAGAAUGAGGCCGAGCAAGGGACAGAAGUCUGGAAGGCACAGGCCUGGAAGCAGGAGAGGGGGCACUCGAACCCCCUUCUGCCAAGAUUAGCCCUCUGCUCUGCACUGGCAACCCUCUAGCACAGGAACAUUUGCAGAAUUGCCGACUUUUCCCCAGAUACUAGGAGGAAAAGGACUUUGGGGGGGGUGGGGAGGGGGUAGUGGUGUUUUAAAAGCAUAAGUUACCUGUUUGCACUGUUUUAAGAUAGGAAAAAUAGUGGGCAAGAUGAACAUCAAACGUAAUUUGUGUGUUUUUAUUUUGUCAUGCUCUUGAAAAUGUUUGACCAUUUGUAGUAUACACCAGUGAAACUUGAUUCUCUGUCACAUAAAACACUAUUUUUUUGGAAAUGUUACUGUCCAGUAGCCUCUUCCCUGCCUUUCCCUUUUCCUGUGUACUUCCUUCAUACUUGCUUUACUGAUCAACCAGGCAAUAGCCAUCCAAGAGCUGGAGCACGAAGCAGGGCCCUUUCCAAGUCGGCUUUGGGUGUCCUAAGCCAGCGUGUGCCCUCUGGUUUAGUGAGCGCACUAGAGUCCCUGGCACCUGUCUUUAAAAUAAGUCUUGCAGACCAGAUGACAGCAGGUGAUCGAAUUUGUAAAUCAGAUGCACUAGGAAUGAGGAGCUGAGGGUGGCAGGGAUUUCUCAAGUAUUGCGGUUGGCUGUAGUAGCUGAGUUCUUAUCCAUGUUACCGGAACUGUAGCCAGUUACAGUUUACUCAGGAAAACGGUAGAUCAAUUCAGCCAUGGUAGUGCUGGUUGGCAGGGAUUGGUAACUGAGAGAACUGCUCAUCAGCCAAAACUCAAACCUUGCCUUUAAGGAGACUGCCAGCGAGGGACGUGGGCCUCUCUGUCUGGGAGUCAUACACAUACCGGUGUCACAAGGGCCCAGCUCACACUGGCAAGCAAAAGGGAACAUCGAUUCUCUUCUCUCCCCACCCCCCUUCCUUCCCCUGUUACCAACACCAGAUUCCUGGGGGUACAUGACUUUUUGAAUUUUUUAGGAAUGUUUUUCAGUUUGCUUUUUCCGGGGACUGAUAAGUGCUUUAAGCAAUGUCUAUACCCCAUGAAGACUCCCAGCUUAGUCAUUUUCUUGUAUUUUUCUGUUCACAGUAUUUUUGUGUGCUUGUUUUGGCAGCUCAUUUUAGCUGUAUUAUAUAUCGAGUGAUGAAUUGAUCGUUUUUCCCUAAGGGAUAUGAAUUGUUUUUCUCUUGUGUUAUAAUUCUGCUUGUGAAUAGCUGGAGCACACCUGGGGCUGACCCGCGUAUGCUGGGGCUGCAGAGUGCUGAGCGCACCAGUGGAGGUGACUUGUCCCCGAUGGGCUGCCCUGCCCGAGUCUCUGAGCUUCUCAGCCCACAUCUUUGCAAGGCUAAAAACGCUGCAGAACCUCUCCUCUCCUCCCCAAGCCCCAUGGCAGGGACAGAACCAUCCCUACGUGCAACAUGCCGUUUCUCUGGCCCCUCCCGUUGCCAUGGCAAAACAGGUACCUUUGGGGCACGGGGCCUCACCUGGGAUGCUUGUAUAAUUGACCAUCUCGCCUUCUGUUCCCCUCCUCCCCAGAAUCACUUCCUAGGACACCCGAGCUGCUUGCCCAGGGUCCUGUUUCCCUGCGACUCCAGAGAAGCACCCCAGGGCUUUGUGACAGUGUCUAUCCCCACCCCCUUCUCGUUAAGAAUCAUAUUGUAUAGUAGCUUUCAGACCAUACAGUAUUCAUUGGGUUACUCUUAUUAUCAAGUAGCUGGAAUUGUGAAGGUCGGAGUAGUUAGAUCUUUAGCUUUUAUUCCUUAUUUUUUUGUAUUACUACCCAUGUGUAUAAAUUAUUGAUCAUGUUGCUGGCUUUUAUAAACUCUAAGUGAAGGAGGAGCCCUGCCUCUGCCUUUGCAAAUGGUAAUGAAGCACUGUUUUUAAAUAAAAGAGAGAAACACCA